UACCAGUCCUGUUGCCGGCGGAACACGAGCGCUUGUCUGUGAGGUCCAUUACCGGCAUGGCUGCCCACAGUAACAACUUCAUCCGCGUGCGCUUGCACUUCGACUAUCCCUCGCCGGCCGUCGUUGACUGCCGCAUGUGCUGGCUGCUCGUGGACUUGAACACGUGCCGCGUGGUGGCGGACCUGGAGAGCGUCAUCAGAGAGAAGUUUGAGUUCGGCCGCGGUAGCAUCCUAAGCCUCUUCGUGGAGGACUGCUACCUGCCGCACACGGAGAGCGUGUACGUUGUGCGGGACAACGACAGCGUUAGGGUGAAGGUGGACAGUCUGGACCAAGUGAACGGGCUCAGCUGUCAAGAUGCUUCCAGUGAAAGCUGCAGAAAAAGACCGAGACCCGCAGAGGAGAAAGGGCCGGGAGAAAAUGGAGUGAGCAAAAAGAAGAGGAAGAAGAGUGCUGAGGAGAGCGUGGAGCCGGCGGGGGGGGAUACCAGGCAAGCUUCAGGUGACGAGAGGAGUGAGACGACACAAGAAAAGAAGAAGAAGAAGAAGAAGAAACAAAGAAAGAAGGAAGAGGAAAAAGGCCCGACCGUCACCCCCAAACUAGCUGCUUCUCCCAAAAAAACCCCAGUUAAAAUCCCCCAGAAGCCCCAAGUGGUAAAGUCAAAACCACAGAAGGUGUCUUCUUCAGAUUCCAGUAGCCAGGAAGACAAAGCCCCCAGAAGGCCAGCUGCCCAAAAGCCAGCACCCAUAAUGCCCUCCUCCGCUCCUGCUGCCUCCAAGGCGCCUCCAACCUCUAAACCCACCCAGACAAAGUCUCGCCCUCCUUCGCAGUCCUCCUCGGAAACCUCCUCCGACGAGGCUGCCGUUGUAAAAAGCCCGCUAAAAAACACCUCCACGACCCCCAAAGGAAGAACGAGUGCAAACUCAGAAUCUCAGCAGGCUCCUCCCGCCCUCAGGUCUGCAAACGGCAGCGCGCAGAGACGAGCCGCGAGCGCCGCAGCGCCCCCUCGCCAUAAUUCGAAGUCGGACAGCGAGUCGGAGGAGGAGAUCAAGCUGGUCAUCCGCCGGCCGGCACAGCAGCCGGGCCUUGGCGCGGUCGGUGGCCCGCCGCCUUGGAUGGGGCGCGGCCGAGGACAGAACGGGCGCGGUGGAGAGGAGAUGGGACAGGGGGCCGGCAGAGGGCGCGGUGGUUUUGGGUUCAGCUACGAGGGAGCUGGCGAGCCGUCCUGCCAGACCGAUAAGCUGACCAACAUGUCCGUAGUCCUCCAGAACAGAGCAGAAGAUGCCCCUAAACGGGACUACAGCUCCAUGCCCCUGCUCGCCGCCCCUCCACAGGUGGGGCAGAAGAUUGCCUUCAAGUUACUGGAGCUAACUGAGAACUACACACCAGAGGUAUCAGAAUACAAGGAGGGGAAGAUCGUGAGCUUUGACCUCACCACCAAACAGAUUGAGCUGCUCGUGCUAAACAACUCUCGGGCUCCUGUAGAACCUGGCAAGUUCGACCUGGUCUAUCAGAAUGCGGAUGGCUCGGAGAGCGUGGAGUAUGCGGUGUCCAGAGGCUCUCGGGUGACGGAACGCUGGGACUCCCUGCUGGAACCAAGGCUGAUCAUUUAAAUGGGACCAAACUGAGAUUUUGGUACAUCCCCUCGUCGACUUGUUCUCCAGCGCCUAAGUUAAACUGGGGAGUCACUUCUGUACGUCGCAUAUGACUGCAAAGGGAUAUGAUUGUGGUUGUUUGUCUCUCUUCUCUGUCCUUCAAAAUAAAUCAUAAUUUUACACACAAGAGAUACGACAGCUGAAAGUAUUAACACAUGUAUAAUGGUUGCAUUUUAAUUGGUGCUGGAUAUGACGCAUAUUUUUUUUUAAGGAAUGUGUGAGUUCUUACAGGACUCGGACAUAAAGGUUUUAUGUUUUGUAAAGUGAUGUGACUGAUAUUAGUCUUGUAUAAACAUUUUCUUUCUAAUAAAACACUUAAGAUGCAUAA